UCCACAUGCAUCACAACCUGUAAGAAGCCGGCGCCCCCGCCCGUGCCGCCCCGCACCACAUCCAAACCCUACAUCUCGGUGACGGUGCAGAGCAGCACUGAGUCGGCCCAGGACACCUACCUGGAUCACCAGUCUGAGCGCGACCGCCGCAGUGAGACCAUCACCAGCCUGUCUAGCCAGGCCCACAGCAAUUCCUCCGACAGCCUCGACAGCACGCGCGCCAACAGCUUGGCUCGGGGUGUCCCUCGGCCCAUCCCCGUCCCCGUCGCCACCCACCGGGAACCCCUUGCCACCACCGUCCACCACACCAUCACCGGGACUGACACCAAUGACUUCCAGCAUGAACCCCUGAGUACGGGCGCCAACAGAGGGAGCCUGACAGCAGAGGAGCCACGAGCGGACAUCGUGCCCCGGAGAAAGCUCUCCUCCAUAGGGAUACAGGUUGGAGCGCCGUUACAGUUUAGUCAGUGACAUAAUGGUAUAGUCAGUGACGUUACGGUACUGUCAGUGACGUUACGGUACUGUCAGUGACGUUAAAGUACUGUCAGUGACAUUAUGGUUGUGUUACAGUGGAGUCAUUAACGUUUCAUUAGUCAGUAAUAUCACAGUUUAGUUUCUUACUGUUUGAGGUAAAAAGCUGGAGUAAGAGUGUCUGUGUUUGGUAGUAUGGCUUAGGUCCAGCAAUGGACUGAUGUGCAACCAUUGGGCUGCUGGAGGGUAUUUAACCUAACCAUUGAUCAUUUUAAAGAAUAACCAAACAGUGUACUGCACUAAUUCAAAAUGGAUUUUUCUUAUGCUUACAGCUCAUAUGGGGCUUGCUGAAUUUGUAUUUUGAAAGAGUGCCAUCUGGAAAAUGAAAAACUCAAAUGAGUACUCCCCAUCCUUGCCUGAGGCAAACAUUAUGCUUUCACUUCAUUAUUAUUAUUAUUAUUUAUUUUAUUACUGUCUAGAAUGAGGCAGCUAGUUUUUUUUUUGCGCGAUGCAAAUGGUCAGAUCUCACAAUGCCUGCAGAAGUGUUUACUGUCUCUGGAACCACAUAAAAAUGACAUAUAGUAGUAAUCUUCUGAGACGCGCAGAUCGACUGCAACAAAUAUGACCUGGAACACCACACAUUUUCCACCAGAAUCAACCUUUUCCAGGUGACAAAUGCUUUGUAUUGAAGACUGUUUUUUGAUUGGUUGUUAGGUUGACUGCAUUCAGGAGGAAGCCCAGCGAGAGGAGACACCGACAACGCCAUUGACCAGAUUCCAGUCAAUCGGAAUCCAGGCGGACGACGGUUGGCAGUAAGUGCACUUCCUGUCCCGUUCGUGACUCCCGUUCAUUUCUGCGCCACACAAUACAAUGUUGCCUAAAUAUAUUAAUCUCUGAGGGGCCAUUUUGAUGUAGACACUGAGAAAAUAUACAUAAUGUGAGAACUAACACACCUGUUAUGUUGCCAAGAGCAUACAAUAUUUACAUAAGCUGUUUUACAAUGACUCAUUCGACAUUUGAAAGUCAUUCUGUAGUUGUGUAGCGUAGUCAUUGUCAUGUAGUUUACAUCGUUUCGUGAUAUUUUAAUGCCAGGAAGUCCUUGCAUGCUACACUCGGCUUCCCUCUCUUUGACCCCCCUCCUAGUUUUCAUGCUGAGUACCAGUUGGUUGUCAAAUUUUCUCUCACUAUAUGAAUACAUCUGAAUGUGGCCUUUAUCAGUUGAUAUCUUAGACAGAGCCUAAACACAGAGCUUUGUUUAACUUGACUCAAACAUAAACUGUGAGUUUGGUAUUUCUAUACCGGUAUGUCCACCUAAACAUACUCCUUUUCAAAACACCACCUCCUAGUUCUAUUUCUAAUAAAAACAUCAAUGCUUUUUAUUGGCACCCCAUACCAACAAUUAAAGUAUGUCCUUUAUCCCCCUCCCAUAUUAGUAUUAUUAGUAUUAGUAUUAUUAUUAUCCUAUUCUUAACCAUGGAUAUUCGGACUGCCAAGUAUCCAUAGUAUUUCCACAGAUGACCUUGUUUGGUGUUUCCUGUUCUAUCACUUGAAUGGGAAGGUAGCAUUGUAGCCAAGGUCAGACAAAGGUCAGGGUUUGCGCUACCAUACCAUUCCUCAGCCAAGCCCUUUUCCCGUACAUGUGAUGAGUCAUAGAGAUAGAUAGAGAUCGAACUUGCCACAAAAGACUGCGAUGGCAUGUGCAACGCAAUGGAGGGCUUUCACCAUUUUAAUGUAGUCAACUGUGUGGUAUGCUCUCUAUCCAUCUCUAUGGUUUAGGCUAUGUUCUGUGUCUCCUGUCUACUGCCUCCAAGCUGAGUUCACCACCGCAUCAUGUCGACAAGGCAACGCUACACUGUGAUCGAUAUCCAUCUUCUGUUUUUAUACCUGUAUUGAUCAGUAGGGGAUGUAGUGCCUGGCAUUGAGAACAUUCCUUGGUUUGUUUUGUAGCAGGAAAAGGCUAGGUCAUAUUUUGUCCUCUGGUCUUUGUUUUGGAUGGUUGGCUCAGUUACAGAAGCAGUUGGGGUUGGUUUGACUUUGGUUAGCUUUCGAUUGCAGGAUGGUGUUAGGUUGCAGGCACAUUCUGGUUCUCAAAGUUUACUUAUACUUAUCCAUUGUCUUGACAGAAUAAUAUUAUUAGAGAUGCAUUGUCUGUUUUGCCAUCGACAUUGGAGCAUUGACCACUUUCUUUUCUCUCACUGUUUUGUGUGUGUUUUCAGGCUCAGUCACUCCAGUAGCAUGGCCUCCAAGCAGGAGACAGACUCUGACAGACAGGACCUUCCCAUCAACUCGCACACCAACUCCCACGCCAAGCCAGCCGCCGAGAAGAAGAGCAUGGUCAACAGUGCCUGCCAAUCCAUGGACUCGCCCCCGUGCGGCGGCCAGGUCAGCAAGGGCAACGGAUCAAAUCCCACCACUGACACCAGUACGUCGCCACCUCCGCUUCGGCAGAUCCUCAACCGCUCCACCACACGGUCCGACUCCUCCGACUCCUUCUCCGAGAGCAUGGACCCGGCCCUGGACCCCUCGUCCCUGCCCCCUCCGGACCCCUGGCUGGAGAGCGGGAACGGAAAUGGCGGCAGCGGGAACCCUAACUCGGUGCCCCCUCCUGGCCCUGCCUGCCGGCGGGACGGCCACUGGUUCCUCAAGCUGCUGCAGGCGGAGACGGGCCGCAUGGAGGGUUGGUGCCAGCAGAUGGAGCAAGAGACCAAAGACAACCAGCUCUCAGAGGAGGGUAAGACAACUAAUCGUUCUAUUCUUGCAGUACAUAUAAAGAAAUUGCCUGCCCUAGUAAGAACUAUCAUUGACAGCUUUCAUUUGAAAACAUUUGCUCCUGUGCAGGCAUAAUGAUCAUGAACCUAUCAGAAAGUAGGUCAUACCCUGACAAUAGACUAUGCUCCAGGACAAACCUCUCCGUAACUCAACUCUACGCAAAGUAUUUCUGAGAACAUAAUGUAGCCUAUUCUUUUGGAACGAGCCCCCACUAACAUCCACAUCAUGCAGAUGGACUGAUCUACAAAGUGGUCUGACCUGAACUGACCUGAUCCAAAGGUUCAAAGCUUGGAAGUAGGGUUCAACCACAGGAUUCACACACAAACACACACACACACACACACCCUGCAGUGGAUGAGGCGGUAAUACUUGGGGUUAACACACAGACAGACCUGUAAUCCCAGAAUUACACUAAUCUACUCUGGACUGGAUAACAGACCCAGAUUAUAUUAGCGCCUCAACAUCAGGCUGACAUAGCACACACAAGAGAGUAGGCCAGACACACACACACUGCACAGUCCUGACACAACAUCUCAGUCAAGCAUACACGCUAUAUCAGAAGAUCUUGACCAAACCAAGAACAAGCCAAGGUCACGCAUGUGUGUAUCUGCGCGUGCACAGUGUAUGUGUGCUCGCCCGUGCAUUUCUCUCACUGUUGGCUGGAUUGAGUCGACAUUGAAUCUGAUUACUGCAGGACCAUAGAAAUACCUUGUUCUGCUGGCUCUUAAUCUCAAUGCCAUAACCUCAUCAUCCAGUGGUCAGAUUUCACCAAUACAGAUGUUUGUUCUACUUUUGAAGCAGCAGUAAAACCAUGUCAUAAAGACUGGAUGAAGAAGACUCAAGUAUCUAUGGAUGCUAAGAGGGUUGCCUUUAAAGAGGAUAACACUGUCCAUUACACUGUAAUCCUCUCGUGUUGCCCCCCUAUGGAGUCGUUUUGACAUGGCCUUAACAUCCAUCUCUAGUCUAGACACCCCACAUUAGCUUGGGUUCAUUUUAGCAACGUUGUUGGCAUGUUUUGCUGUUAUAAUGUAAUGUUCCUGUUAAAACAGGCUACGGUUGUUCUCCCUCACAAAUCAUCUUGUAUCUCCCUGUGUGACAAAUCCUUUUCACAGAUUCCCUUGUGUGCAGUCUAGCAUUCAAUUUAGUUGUACAAAUAGGGGGAAGUGUGUAGACAACCACAUCUAUCUCAAGAUGGUAGUACCAAGUAUUUACUCAGUACAUGGCAGAACACUGUCUUGUUGUUUUUGAAACAGUGUGGAAAUGGAUGUACAGUAAGACCUGAUACACAUCAGUAGCAAUGGGAAUAGUUUAUUACCAUUAGCCCAUUUUAGGGUUUCAAUCCUUUUUUUGUGUGUGUGUGAUUUUACCCAAUUUUUCUCCCCAAUUUCGUGUUAUCUAAUUGGCAGUUAGUCUUUUCCCAUCGCUGCAACUCCCGUACAGACUCGGGAGAGGCGAAGGUCGAGAGUCGUGCGUCCUCCGAAACACAACCCGACCGAGCCGCACUGCUUCUUGACACAAUGCCCGCUUUAACCCGGAAGCCAGCCGCACCAAUGUGUCGGAGGAAACACUGUACACCUGGCGACCGUGUCAGCGUGCACUGCGCCCGGCCCGCCACAGGAGUCACUAGUGCGCGAUGGGACAAGAACAUCCCUGCCGGCCAAACCCUCCCCUAACCUGGACGACGCUGGGCCAAUUGUGCGCCGCCCAUGGGUCUCCCGUCGCGGCCGGCUGCGACAGAGCCUGGACUCUAACCAGGAUCUCUAGUGGCACAGAUAGCACUGCGAUGCAGUGCCUUAGACCACUGCGCCACUCGGGAGGCCCUAGGGUUUCAUUCCUGAGUGAAACAAGAGACAUUCAAGGCGUCUUGUGUCUUGUCUGUCUUGUGUGUCUUGUCUGUCUUGUGUGUCUUGUCUGUCUUGUCUGUCUUGUUUGUCUUGUCUGUCUGUUUGACUCAAUCUAUGUGUGUGUUUUUGUUAUCUGCAGUGUUGGGGAAGGUCCGCAGUGCAGUGGGCAGUGCUCAGCUCCUCAUGACCAAGAAAUUUGAGCAGUUCAGAGGACUGUGUGAACAAAACUUGGUAAGUAUCACCUCUCCAUAUUCCAACUCACCAAUACACACAUCACAUAAACAGACAAAACAAUACUACCCCAUGACAACAUCAAAUUACUAAACCAAACAAUGUUUGUUAUGCCACCACAACAACCACAUAACCAGACAAAACAAUACAUCCACAUUACCAGACAAAACAAUACUACUCUACCAAAACAUCACCAGACAAAACAAUACAUCCACAUUACCAGAAAAAACAAUACCACUUUACAAAAACAUCACUGGACAAAACAAUACAUCCACAUUACCAGACAAAACAAUACUAUUCCAUACUCUACACACACAUCAAAUAACCAGACAUUACAGAAAAACACACACAAAAAACACCACUUAUAUUAUAUUACCAGAAAAACAGUUAUUAUAUGAUGAUAAUUAUCCCAUCCAUUCCACAUCUGAUCCUACACACAUCACAUCACUAGGCAAACACAUGCCACAUAAUAAUAUAAUAUGCCAUUUAGCAGACGCUUUUAUCCAAAGCAACUUACAGUCAUGCGUGCAUAAAACAUUUUGGUGUGUGUAUGGGUGGUCCCAAGGAUCGAACCCACUACCUUGGUGUUACAAGCGCCGUGCUCUACCAGCUGAGCUACAGAGGACCACAUGAAAUGCAACUGAGAGAUUAGCAUUACCUAAGUGACAAGCUGAAUGCUAACAGGCAGUAAGGUCAAAGGAGAAUUGAUUGAUCGGGCUUCUCCCCGACCUGAGUGGUUAAGCUCCCUUAAAGAGUGGACAUGUCUCUCUGAAUCACAUCAUUCCACUGAUCUUAGUACAGUGGACUCAGACUAUGACAGCCCCAAUCAGUGGGAUAAGACUGACCUCGGAUCGACUACAUUUUGUUGGUCCUCUGGUAGUCUAUUCUCAGGGGAAUUCAGUGUCAUCAUUGUCUGAAUGUAUUACGUUCUCUCAAAUGAGAACUAGACAUGCAGUUAUUCAGACAGAGGACCGAGAAUCUAUGGAUGUUAACGCAGUUUUUAUGAAUAAUGAUCAUGUGGUCAUAAAGUUCAGUGUGCGUAUCAUUGUAGAAAGGGGUACUGAUUGUGUUCAAUGAGUCGGUUAUAAUAGGACUCAGUUUUAAUGUCACCAUAUUGUUGAACUCAUGUUUUGCAUUAAUGGUUGUGUAUUGAACCUUUGGGCUAUGCUGUGCUUUUGCUGAUAUAAUACUUUUAUCCUACAAAUAAAUACCUAAUAUUUUGUAUUUAUUGGAAUUUUUCCCCCUAUCAUUACACAAAAAGUAUAUUUUUGAAAGAGAAAUGUUAUUCAGAAACCAGAUAAUUUUUCUCUCAAUACAUAAAAUGUUCAGCUGGAAACAGCUUCAGCUAGUUGUACCAUAUGUUGUUGUGUUGAUUAAAUCCCACACAACGACAAUGGUCUUUCUAUCUGACGAUCCUGAAAGCACAAUUAGCAUGAUAAAAAAAACAUGCAAGCACGUCGAGCAAAAAGGCUCUGGAUUGGGGUUUAAAACCUGUCUAGUUGCACAGAUGGCAGGAAACACAAGCAUUUUUUAAAAACAUUUCAGUCAUUUAGCAGACGCUCUUAUCCAAAGUGACUGCAUACAUUUUUCUGACUGGUCCCCCAUGGGAAUUGAACCCACAGCCCUGGUGUUGCAAGCGCCAUGCUCAACCAACUGAGCUACACAGGACCCAACCAUAACCAAGCAGACCCAAACAUAACAAAGGAUAGUCUGGUAGAGCAUUAGUAGCAGAAGAAAACAAGUCGAAGUGUGACCGUCAAGCCAUCCAUCAGCUCUCACAGACUUAAGCUUGCAAGACAAAACAGAGUGCCAUCCAAGUCACUAUACAGUCGGUAUACUGAUUGUGCAAAGUGGUCAUUCUACCUUGCAUUAAGGGACUUAUAGUGCUUUAUAUUUAAUUUGACUUCUUAUACUUUAUCAAUCAGGGGGAAAUAUAUUUUCAAGGAAGACCUGCCCCAAGACAGCAGCAUAGGUUUGUUUUUACAGAGGCAUAUAUCAAAUGACAAUACAGUAGCACACUUGAGUGCAAGGUAACUGAACUAAAUGACUAUCGCCCCAUAGCACUCACCUCUGUCAUCAUGAAGUGCUUUGAGAGACUAGUCAAGGAUCAUAUCACCUCUACCUUACCUGUCACCCUAGACCCACUUCAAUUUGCUUACCGCCCCAAUAGAUCCACAGACGACGCAAUCGCCAUCACACUGCACACUGCCCUAUCCCAUCUGGACAAGAGGAAUACCUAUGUCAGAAUGCUGUUCAUUGACUAUAGCUCAGCAUUCAACACCAUAGUACCCUCCAAGCUCAUCAUUAAGUUCGAGGCCCUGGGUCUGAAUCCCGCCCUGUGGAACUGGGUCCUGGACUAACUGAUGGGCCGCCCCCAGGUGGUGAAGGUAGGAAACAACAUCUCCACUUCGCUGAUCCUCAACACUGGGGCCCCACAAGGGUGCAUGCUCAGCCCCCUCCUAUACUCCCUGUUCACCCAUGACUGCGUGGCCAAGCACGCCUCCAACUCAAUCAUCAAGUUUUCAGAUGACACAACAAUAGUAGGCUUGAUUACCAACAAUGACGAGACAGCCUACAGAGAGGAGGUGAGGGCGCUGGGUGUGGUGCCAGGACAAUAACCUCUCACUCAAUGUCAACCAAACAAAGGAGAUGAUCGUGGACUUCAGGAAACAGCAGAGGGUGCACACCCCUAUACACAUCGACGGGACCGCAGUGGAGAAGGUGGGAAGCUUCAAGUUCCUUGGCGUACACAUCACUGACAAACUGAAAUGGUCCACCCACACAGACAGUGUGGUGAAGAAGGCGCAACAAUGCCUCUUCAACCUCAGGAGGCUGAAGAAAUGUGGCUUGCCACCUAAAACCCUCACAAACUUUUACAGAUGCACAAUUAAGAGCAUCCUGUCGGGCUGUAUCACUGCCUGGUACGGCAACUGCACCGCUAGCAACCGCAGGGCUCUCCAGAGGGUGGUGCGGUCUGCCGAACGCAUUACCGGGGGCAAACUACCUGCCCUCCAGGACACCUACAGCACCCGAUGUCACAGGAAGGCCAAAAAGAUAAUCAAUGACAUCAACCACCCGAGCCACUGCCUGUUCACCCCGCUAUCAUCCAGAAGGCGACGUCAGUACAGGUGCAUCAAAGCUGGGACCGAGAGAAUGAAAAACAGCUUCUAUCUCAAUGCCAUCAGACUGUUAAAUAGCCAUCACUAGCACAUUAGAGGCUGCUGCUGCCUAUUGAAAUCACUGGCCACUUUAAGAAAUGGAACACUAGUCACUUUAAUAAUGUUUACAUAUCUUGCAUUACUCAUCUCAUAUGUGUACUGUAUAUACUGUAUUCUAUAAUAUUCUACUGUAUCUUAGUCCAUGCCGCUCUAUCAUUGCUUUUCCAUAUAUGUAUAUAUACUUAAAUUUCAUCCCUUACUUAGAUUUGUGUGUAUUGGGUAUGUUGUGAAAUUGUUAGAUAUUACUUGUUAGAUAUUACUGCACUGUCGGAGCUAGAAACACAAGCAUUUCGCUACACCCGCAAUAACAUCUGCUAAACACGUGUAUGUGACAAAUUUGAUUUGAUUUGGACAAACAACUACAUAUUCCAACAGAAUGAUUUACACAGAAAAACCUGAUCGAAUGUAUCUAUUCAGUGUGACAGUCUUCACUUACAUUGUGUUGUAGGACAGCUCCCUCUAGUGUCAAAAGUGGACAAGGCAAGACUGAAUGAAUUUCACAUUUCUCCUUUAUCCCUCUCCUGUUUUCUCCCUCACCAUUUCUCUCUUCCCCUCUAACAUUCUCUCUCUUUUUCACUAUUUAUCUCUCUCCUCUUCCCCUCUCCCACCUACUCUCCCAUUUCUCUUUUUUUUUCUCCCUCCCUCCAGAAUGUGAACGCCAACCCGCGGCCCACAGCCCAGGACCUGGCGGGCUUCUGGGACCUGUUGCAGCUCUCCAUCGAGGACAUCAGCCUCAAAUUUGACGAGCUCUACCACCUCAAGUCCAGCGACUGGCAGCCCCCUGCCGUGGCCCACUCGCCCCCCGAGCGGAAGGUACUUCCCACCCCUGCUGCCCAGUGCCCAGACUGGGGUAGGAAAGCCGCCGAAACUGGCCUCUCUCCUCCCUCCCCAUCUCCCCUCUCUCUUCUCCCUCUCCCUGUGUGAGGGGAACACUUAAAGGGGCUUCCCAGCCCAAUGUAAAGGGGCUAGAGAGAAGCCACCUCCCUUUACACAUGCAUGGGGUUCAAUCUCAAAGAGGGCAGUUUGUUUUGGACUGUUUUUGCGCUUGUAAGCCCCUCCUUUGAGCAUGCAUGUCGCGGUAAAAUAAAUGCUCCAGUCUGAAGUCGAACUUGCAUGGCAAUGGCAAAGGUUGCAUCCCGUCAUGGAAUGUGGCCUGGCUUUCGCUCUAUCUUGGAUGUGUUUGUGUGAACGCGCGCGUGUAGGGAGCGAUUAGUUAGUUUGAUGGCUGCUGGAUUGACUGGAGUAGAAAUAGUAUGUUUUGGUGAGAGUAUUUGGGUGGAUGUGUGCUUCAACUGCUUUGAGUUCAUGCAGCGCCGUUUCACUUCUUCUGCAGUGACAUUGCAUUCAAUUUAGUGUGAUUCAUCCAAUGGGAUACACUUAAUUUGAAUUAUACAUCGUAACAGCAUCAACAUUUGUUAUGUUAUGUCAAUAUUGUGACACUUUUAUGGCGUACAGUUCAAAUAGAGUGAUACCAUUUUAAUGUCCUUUAUGGCGUACAGUUCAAAUAGAGUGAUACCAUUUAAUAUUAUUCAGACCAGUAUUCAUUCAGUGUCUACUCUGACAAAGUGUCACCCUCAAUCUCCUAUAUUCAACAUAUUUUGUCUGUAUUGUCCAUAUAAUUGGCUCUAUGUGUCAAGUUAGCCCCCUUGUACAUUUAAUUGUAGAAAGCUUCACCAUAAUCAAAACGUCCCUGUCAAAGAUCUAUGUUUAUCAAAUGAAACUCACAAUGCUCUUUUUUGCGACCUCUGUAUUACCCUCCGUUGCUUCGUUGCUUUCGAAAAGAAAACCUUGUAUCUCCAAAACUGAAACUUUUCAGGACAUGGAAAAACUGCCAUAUUUGACCAUGUAUGAACCUACAAUCACGAAAGCUAUUAAUCAGAAGCUAUUUUGUAUACUUUUUCUUGGUCCAAAAGGCCUAACAUUUUAAAAGUUGAAUUCAUCCAAAAAGGGGACAAAAUUGAGUUACAAGGUUUUAUUCUAACAGCAACAACGCCUUGCAUCCUCUCACUCUCUCAUCUCUCCACCCCCCCCCCCCCCCCCCCCCCUCCCCCCUUCUCUCUUCCAUGUCUAUCUUUCCUAUGUCUUUUCUGCCCCCUUGUGGUUGACUCCAUCCAUUGCGGACCACCACCAGGAGGACAAAAAGGAGCCCCCUCCUCCAGUGCCAAAGAAGCCCGGUAAGGGGAGGCCGGUGCUGGGCCGCGAGAAGAGCGCAGACUCGGCCUCGUCCACCUCUUCGGCGGAGAAGCAGCGGACGGAGGCCCGCAAGCGCCUACUGGCUGCCAAGAGGGCCGCCUCGGUCCGGCAGAACUCAGCCACGGAGAGCGCCGACAGCAUCGAGAUUUAUGUCCCUGAGGCCCAGACCCGCCUCUGAGAGAGAGUGAGAGAGAGAGAAAGUGUGUGAGAGAGUGUGUGAGAGAGUGAGAGAGUGAGAGAGAGAAAAUAAUGGUCUCCUCACCAUACACACAGGGUAGGCUGGUGUUGGUGGGAGCCAGUCUAGAUGGAGUGAGAAAGAAAGAAAGAAAGAGAGAGAGAACUUUUGGCCU